AUGUUGUUGCCACUGCUGGGAACCUGUGCUGUGGUGGGGCCAUUCCAGGGCCCUGAGUGGGAGCCAGUGAGGGGCCUGCUUUCUGAGGAUUGCAGCUGCAGGGACCCUCGGUGCUGUGGCAACCUGCUCGUGCUCUGUCUCUUUCUGAUCUGGCAGGUCCAGCACUAUUGGCAACAGGUCACCAGGACCCACCCCAGCAUGAAGAAGGUCAUCAAGGUGCCACCGCAGAAGUGGGCAGUGCCCUCCGUGAGACAUGACACUUCUUUCCAGAUGACCCCUGGAUUCUUCUUUAGGCCUGGUGAUCUCAGUGGCCUGGAUGCUCAUGUCCAACAAUGGGUACAAAAGAAGAGACAGGAAUACCCGAGGAGCCUCCAGGAAUCAUGGACCCAAUACCUGUUCUCUUGGCAGCACCCAUGUCAGGGUCCACCUUGGGAUUUCCACACUCCUUUUGAGCCCUUCUUUUGCACCACCUCCCUUUCAAGCACCUGUAUGCUCCCCCAGGACAGUUCUUGGGAAGCAUGGCAGGUACCCUGGUGUCUCAGUGAUGAGCAGACUCACCUGAUUUGCAAGUCACUAUCCCCUGCCCUGGGCAGGUACCAAAGGAUGCAGCAGCUGCUGGCCCACUCCCAGGAAGAGUUGGUGCCACUGGAGCCUGUUGUCAGCAUGAGGUCUCACCUCACAUCCAUGAUUUUAGCCCCCUCUCUCUCAAACCUCUCUUCAUCUCAGAGGCUGCAGUCUGAUCCUUCCAACCAACAAAGAACCAGGAACAACUAA